AUCCAACAUUUGAUGUUUUUCGUAUUUGAUUACCGAAUCAGAAAUAAUUAUAGUUAAUAUCGUUUGGUAUCGUAACGGCGAUAAAAUGUCCACGCUUAUUUACGGUCUUGUUAUCGCGAUAUUUCUUUUUGGCAAAUCGAUGCUGUAAAUCGAAUCUGCAAAUUGUACGUGGAACAAUUUCCUAACAGGCAAUGAGCGAUGAAAUGCAGGAAAUGGCCCAAAUGCUACAUAACACAUGCGUCGCAGAGACAGGCGUCGCCGAGGACUUGAUCAUCAAGUGCAGAUCUGGCGAUUUCACAGACGACCCAAAGUUGAAGUGUUACAUGCUGUGCCUGUUGAAUCAAAUUUCUGCUUUCGAUGACGGGGAAAUCGACGUAGACACGCUCGUCGCAAUGUUACCAGAGGAAAUAUUGGGCAAGGCUGAACCAGUGCUUCGAAGCUGUGGAACAAUCAAGGGUACCGAUGAUUGCGACUCGGUAUACCAGACUAACAAAUGCUAUUACGACAAAAGUCCAUUGCAGAUGUGUACUUUUUGAUCUAACUUCGCACGGUUCACUGCAGCAAAUUCUCAGAAAUCUGCUUGAAUGGAAGAAAAUCUUGAUAAGGAUUAUUUUUCGCAGAAUAGAUACGUACUGAGUUGUGAAUCAAGUUUUUCCCUGCAGGUGAUAGACACGAGUUUUCAAAUGUAGUAUAAUAUGUUCAAUCACUAACGUGUAUCGUAAGAAACCAUUUUUUUGAGUUUCUAUUGAGAUAAAUAAAUUUCGAUUUUAUGCAUCGAAUAAUAACCAAAA